UCAGUUUUCAAAUUCAAAAUUUGAAAAGAGAUAGAAAGAGAAAAUGUCAUCAGUGAAAGGUUUCUACAAGCAGAAGAAAAACCCCAACACCGCCACAAAAUCAUCCAAAUCCAAAAAGCCUCCGAUCCGUGCCGCCACUUUCGGUUCCAAUCUCGCCCAGCCACCAGCCCUCACAUCCCGCAACGGCAAACCAGAUCUCCAAGAUGAAUACAGCGAAAGCGAAUCGGUAUUGCGACAAUUUGACAUGAACAUGGUUUACGGGCCUUGUAUUGGGAUGACGAGGCUGGCACGGUUGGAGCGUGCGGUGAAUCUCGGUUUGAACCCUCCGCAGGAAAUUGAGAGGCUUUUGAAAAGUGGUAAAGUUCAGCAGGAAUCUCUCUGGGACACUCGCAUUUAGAAUGUUUGUGUUUAUUAUUACUAUAAUCUAUAACCAAAGUAUAAUAAUCUCUGGCUGUUAUAGUUUCUGAUAUGACUUGUUUGUUUAGAUUUUGUUUAUGGAAAUCAGUUUCUGGCUGUGUUCCCUUGGUUUUUGAUGAUAUAUAAAUUGACUUUGUUUGCUGGUUUAA